GAGGGGCUGCAGGGCUGGAGCAAUGGGCACUCGCAGAGCCAGCAUCCCUCAGCCACACAUCAGCCUCCCGCAGCAGCAGCCUGCCGGCCAGCCUAUGCAGCUGGGUAUCAUGGAUGUGCCCUGCCAUAACGCCAUCUACCCCAAGUACCAGGAGGAGGAGGAGGAGAGGGAGCAGGGGUCAGCAGGGGAGCAGCCUGCUGCAGACCCCCCCAUAGAGGAUCCGGCAGCAGCGCACUUCUCUGAAGGUGUCUUCAUGAGUCCCUCAGGCGAGGAUGCCCCUGACUACUUCUUCCUGAGCAGCCAGCCUUCCCCUCCGCUCCCUCUCAGCUACUCCGGGAGCUUCUUCAUUGAAGCAGCUCCUGAGCAUGACCAGGAGGCCCUCUUCAACAUCAUGUCUGGGAUCCUUGGCCUCUCGCCUUUUUCUGGACCUCAACGGCAGAACCGACAGGAAGUGCCCUACUCGGUUUCUGAGGCCAUCCAAAACCACAUGGACCUGUAUUCUCAGCCGAACCUCAGCAUCUCGGUCCAGCAGGAGUUCCCCAGCCAGCUGUACUCAGCAUUCAGCAGUACCGAGGACAUCCACCAGGUGCCCUGCUCCCCCAUCCUGGGGAGUUCCUGCUCCACACAGUGUUUCUUCGACUCCACAGUUCUGCCCAACAAGCAGGAGAUGGACUUGUCCCCCAUCUCCCCCACACUGGACUCCUUCCAUCCUCAGUGGGACACCCAGGCCCCUCAGAACUUUGCCCCAGCUUCCUAUACAACAGAUGGGUUUUUGUCCCCUGAGAACUCUCCUCCAGUGUUUCAUCCCUUGGAGUCCAAAAUGGAGAAUAUGAUGUCUGCCUGUUGCCAACCACACAUGGACCAUAUGGCAGAGGAGUCUGCUCUGUACAAUAGUAUGGACUUCACCUACCAGGCGGACUCUUACCAGGCAUCUCACUGUGACUUCAGCGAAACUAAGCUGGACCUAAAAUCCCACCUUUUACCAGAUAGCAAGUACCAGUUGAGCAACCAAGUGUCCAUGCCGGGGCUGAUGAACCAGGAGGAGCUCAUCCACCACCAGUCCCCUCCCAUCAUUUCCACAGACUUUCUGGGUCUCUCCCCAACAGCUGGCAACCUCCUUCCAUCCAAUGUGGGCACCCAACUGGCAGAGCCCAGGAGGAAAUACCGCAGGAACAAGUUCCCUGCCAAGUGCUUUCGCCCUAAGCCCCACGAGAAGGCCUUUGCAUGCCCAGUGGAGAGCUGCAUCCGGAGCUUUGCCAGGUCCGACGAACUCAACAGGCACCUGAGGAUCCACACUGGCCACAAGCCCUUCCAGUGCAGGAUCUGCCUGAGGAACUUCAGCCGCAGCGACCACCUCACCACCCACAUCAGGACCCACACCGGGGAGAAGCCUUUCUCCUGCGACCUGUGUGGCAGGAGGUUUGCCAGGAGCGACGAGAAGAAAAGACAUGGCAAGGUCCACAUGAAGCAGAAGGCUAGGACUGAGGAGAAGCUCAAGGGGCUUGGCUUCUACACCAUGGGCCUGUCCUUCAACACCAUGUGAAUAGCCAAGUUCAUGCUUGGUCUACCACCUUUUUGUCACCUUGGAGAGUUGACCUCCAACAGGUCUGUCGGCUAGCCCCCCCAUCACUAUUGGGAGGAAUCAGGUGUGACUUGUCGCUCUGCUGUCACCUGCAUGGCUCAGUAUUCUGUUACGUCACAGUGUGGUGUAUACAUACCUGGACCAGCAAUGUAUUCUUAUCCUCUAGGCUCCUUGCUGGCACUGUCUUAGUGUUACCGCUUGAGGAGCAGCGGACGGAUCUGGGUUCAGCACCAGGGAAAAGGACAGCUCCCAUCCUGGCCUGCACUACAUGCAAAGGAGCUUCAUACAUGACUUUGUGGAGUUCCACUGGCUCUGUCCUUUGCAGGGAAUUGCAUGGAAUGACCCUUGGAGAUAUAUAUACAGUAUAUAUUUAUUUAUAAGGACUCACACUAUCGUUGGAAGCAUCUGGCUAUGUACUAUUCCUGUGUCAGAGUAAGAAGGAUUCCGGUGAGUGCUGCUGCUGCUAUUGUACAGAAAGUGACUUAUGUACUAUUUCCCUCUUUGCUGCUGCUGCUGCUGCUGGGAGCGGACUGUGUGGAGGACUGGUACACAGAUGGUUCUGUCCUAUUCUUAGAUCCGAUGAGAACUGUUAUAAAAGUCUUUGUACACACCACGCUGAUCCUGAGGUUCUGUGUGUCAGCUUCUGCUCUCUACAAUGUAUCAUUCUUUUCUAUGAGAAAUUUAUUAUGUAUAGUAAUGAGAAAAUUAUUAUGUUCCAAUGAAACCAAAAUGACAAAUUGUUUAUUUUUUCAAGGAAAUAAAGCUGGUUAUUGUUCCGCAAAA